CAUUCAUGUACAGAGUAGGCUAAGUCUUUUGACUUUCAGAGGGAUUUAGAUGUCCGAGUACGACAAGGAAUCUCCUUGAAUUAACAUUCUUUAAGUAGCCUCGGCUUCCAAGUUCUGUUUACCUCCGAAGUUAGAAACCAGAGGAAGCUAUGUCUGCAUCCGAGACCGGAUCCAUACUCCAAUUCGCUCCGUUUCAGAGCGCCGUCGACGAGGGUUUCUGGCACCGACUGUCUUCUCUUAAGCUCAACAAACUUGGCAUCGAUGACUCUCCCAUUUCCAUCACCGGUUAUUAUGCCCCUUGCUCGCAUACUCGAGUAUCAAACCAUUUGACUCUUUUGACCGAGUCUCUGCCACCUGAUUCGGAUGAGCAAUUAUCGGAGCCAACAGGGAGUCAUGGUAAUAGGAAUAGAUGUGCUGUCCCAGGCAUACUCUACAAUACAAAUACGUUGGAGGACUUUGACUCUCUUGAUAAACCAAGCUUAUUGAAGGCUGAAGCCAAGAAGAUCUUGGAGGACAUAAACACGGGUAAGGCUGUGGAGGACAGUGCAGCUCUAUCAAGGUUCAUUGUUAUAUCAUUUGCAGACCUUAAAAAAUGGAGCUUUCAUUACUGGUUUGCCUUCCCUGCUUUGGUUCUGGAUCCAGCAGCAACCGUGGUGAAUUUAAUGCCAGCUUCACAAUGGUUUUGUUCAGAGGAGGCAGAAUCUGUAUCGGCAGCGUGCAAUGAAUGGCGUAAUGCAAGCUUAACGGCUGAUGUACCGUUCUUCCUGAUCACUAUAUCUUCCGAUUCGCAUGCUACUCUUUGGCAUCUGAGAGACUAUGAAGCUUGCCAAGGUGAUGGUCACAAGUUGGUGUUUGGUUUCUAUGACCCAUGUCAUCUGCCAAAUAAUCCUGGUUGGCCUCUUCGCAAUUUCCUAGCACUGAUUGGUUCAAGAUGGAACCUCCAGACCAUCAACUUUUUUUGCUACAGAGAGAAUCGUGGUUUUGCAGACCUUGGGUUGUCCCUCGUAGGUGAAGCCUUGAUCACAGUUCCUCAAGGAUGGAGAGAUCUUCAAUGCAUACCUAAUGCAGUGGGAUGGGAGCUGAACAAAGGUAGGAAAGAACCAAGGUGUAUUAGCCUCGCUAAAUCCAUGGAUCCAACUAGGUUGACUGUAUCUGCAGCAGAUUUAAACUUGAAGUUGAUGAGAUGGCGUGCUUUGCCAUCGCUUAAUUUAGAUAUCUUGUCCACAGUGAAGUGUCUUCUCUUGGGAGCUGGUACGCUAGGUUGCCAGGUUGCUCGCAUGCUUAUGGCUUGGGGUGUACGAAAAAUCACACUAGUUGACUACGGCAGGGUGGCCAUGUCUAAUCCAUUAAGACAAUCCCUUUAUACGUUGGAUGACUGUCUAAAUGGAGGAGAUUUUAAAGCCCUAGCAGCAGUUAAAAGCUUGAAGAGAAUUUUUCCAGCUGUGGAAGCAGAAGGCAUUGUAAUGGCAAUACCAAUGCCAGGUCACCCAGUGUCUAGGCAAGAGGAGGAUGGUGUGCUUGAUGAUUGUAGACGCCUCCAUGAUUUGAUCAACUCUCAUGAUGUCAUUUUCUUGUUGACUGAUACGAGAGAAAGUCGGUGGCUCCCCACCCUUCUUUCUGCAAAUGCUAACAAGAUUACAAUAAAUGCCGCUCUCGGAUUCGAUAGCUUUUUGGUGAUGCGCCAUGGACCUGGUCCAUUUGGCUCUGUCCAUGACUCAAAAGCGGAAGCUGGAAGUGCUUUAUCUGAUGAUAUGGAUAACCUUGCCAUAACUGAUAAAAGUGGAGGGCGGAGAUUAGGCUGUUACUUUUGCAACGACGUGGUUGCGCCAAUUGAUUCAACUGCAAAUCGCACUUUGGACCAGCAGUGCACUGUUACCCGUCCAGGCCUUGCUCCAAUUGCUUCAGCUCUUGCAGUUGAACUAUUAGUAGGAAUCCUGCAUCAUCCUAAGGGGAUAUUUGCAGAAGCUGAGCUGGCAAAUUCUAAUUACGGGGGAAGCAGUGAGCAGCCUCUUGGCAUUUUACCGCAUCAAAUUCGAGGAUCGCUCUCUCAGUUUUCUCAGAUGACACUUGUAGGUCACUCCUCAAACAGUUGCAGUGCUUGUUGCGGCACCGUUGUAUCAGAGUACCAGAAAAGGGGAAUGGAAUUCCUUCUCCAAGCAAUUAACCAUCCAACAUACCUGGAGGAUCUCACUGGACUGACUGAGUUGAUGAAAUCAACUGACUCCUUUAAACUGGACUGGGAUAAUGAGAUGGAUGAUGAUGAUGAUGACGAUGAUUGCGUGGAGAUUUAGAUUUGACCAUUUAGUUCUUCUAAAUUAUGAUUUUAUAAUCAAUUUGCCGAUUGUACAAAAAAGAAUCCAUUCACAAGAAUGCAAUGUCAGGUCAUAAUUUUUAAGCUCA